GCUGGCUGGCUGACGGACAGGACCCGACGCGAGCGGAGCCAUGGCCUCGGGUGGGUAUAACCCAUACAUAGAGAUAAUCGAACAGCCAAGGCAAAGAGGAUUGCGUUUUAGAUAUGAAUGUGAAGGAAGAUCAGCAGGCAGCAUUCCAGGGGAGCACAGUACAGAAAACAACCGAACAUAUCCAUCUAUUCAGAUAGCAAACUAUUAUGGAAAAGGAAAAAUAAGAAUCACAUUAGUAACAAAAAAUGAACCAUAUAAGCCACAUCCUCAUGAUUUAGUAGGAAAAGACUGCAAAGAUGGCUAUUAUGAAGCAGAAUUUGGACAAGAACGCAGACCAUUGUUUUUUCAAAAUUUGGGUAUUCGAUGUGUAAAGAAAAAAGAAGUUAAAGAAGCUAUUAUUUCCAGAAUAAGGGCAGGAAUUAAUCCUUUCAAUGUCCCUGAACCACAGCUGCUUGAUAUUGAAGAUUGUGAUCUCAAAGUGGUGAGAUUAUGUUUUCAAGUUUUCCUCCCUGAUGAGUGUGGUAAUUUGACAGCUGCUCUACCUCCCAUUGUUUCUAACCCAAUUUAUGACAAUCGUGCUCCUAAUACUGCAGAAUUAAGGAUUUGUCGUGUAAACAAGAACUGUGGAAGUGUCAGAGGAGGAGAUGAAAUAUUUCUACUCUGUGACAAAGUUCAGAAAGAUGACAUAGAAGUUCAAUUUUUGUCAAACAAUUGGGAAGCAAAAGGUAUCUUUUCACAAGCUGAUGUGCACCGGCAAGUAGCCAUUGUUUUCAAGACUCCACCAUAUUGUAAACCUAUAAUGGAACCAGUAACAGUAAAGAUGCAGUUGCGGAGGCCUUCUGAUCAGGAAGUUAGUGAAUCGAUGGAUUUUAGAUACCUGCCUGAUGAAAAAGAUACCUAUGGCAAUAAAGCAAAGAAACAAAAAACAACUCUUCUUUUCCAGAAAAUGUGGCAGGAUUGUGUAAAUUUUCCUGAAAGACCUCGACCUGGUGCCCUGGGAUCAACUGGAGAAGGAAGAUUAAUCAAAAAAGAAUCAAAUGUGUUUUCUUCUGGUCCAGCCUUGAGAGAAAUCCCCAGAUCUUCAGGAAUUUCAAGUCAGCCAGAGUCCUACUAUUCCUCAUCAGCAUCCAUCUCGGGUGCACUUUCACACACUUCAGCAGCACCCUCAAUGGUUUCUCCGCCUCUGCCAAGCUGGUCCCCGGCAGCUCACCACCCCUCACAUUCAGCCAAUACAAAUCCACCAAGUAGUUUUUCAACAGGGACACUUGCCUCUAAUUCUCCAGGUGUACCGUCAUACCAGGAUGUCCCUAUAAGGAAGGACCUGACUACUCCUAAUGCUUGCCUUUUUAAAAAUAUUGAUGACCUAGGCAGCAUGGAACCACAUUCCACGUCACCAGCUGACUUAUAUAGUAUUCCUAAUGCUAGAAUGCUAUCUAACUGCCCUGCGAAUAUGAUGCUGCCCAGUAACAACAUCAUCAGGCAAACUGAUAACACAGGACUUCUUAGCUUGGAUCUUGAAAACUCCACUUGUAAUUCUGUGGUAGACCCAAGCAACUUGAGACAACUCCAUCAGAUGUCUUCUAAUAUAUCUGCAAGCACCAGUUCCAGUACUGCUGUUUUUGCUUCGCCAUCAGCUACCUUUGAGGGAGCUGGUUUCAGUUAUACAGAUAACAGCCUGCUAAGUGAGUCAGGACCCUCAGACAUCACUAAUCCAAGCAAUCAUAGUUUUCUUCAAAGUAGUCAGUAUGCAGAUAUUGGUACUCUGCAGAAUGAGCAAUUGAAUGACUCAUUUACAUUUGGAUUUUUUUCAAGUUAGUGAAAUUUCAGUGGUGAUUCAAAAUCCUUUUUUUAUGUUUUCUGUUGAGAAUUCCUUACAU